GACACACAAAGUCUUACUGUUUCAAUUGUGCAGAUUCUUCAUCAAAUGUGGCAAAGAAAUGACAUCAGGGGUGUUUUCGCAGCAAUGGAGAAGAUGUCUGAUCAUGCUGUAUCUGCCGAUAUGGCAAGUGUUAUGAUGGAGAAAAGCGAAGCUAUCACACUAGAUCUAUGUACUACUGUCCUGCCUGUCCUUUCUGACCUUCUGGAAAGUAAAACUGACAGGCAUGUAGCUGUAUCACUGGAACUGGUGGUGAAGCUUGUCAGAACUUUUGGGGCCGUGAUACAUUCAACAGUAUCGGCUAGUCCGUCUUGUGUUGGUGUAGAUCUUCAAAUGGAGCAAAGGCGGGAGAGGUGCAACGUAUGCUUCAUUGAACUGGAGAAAGUAAAAAACAAGCUACCUUUUCUUACAAGAAGAAAAGGGCAAGCUGCAAACACAGCCCAGGAGCUCAUUCUCGUGUUCCAGGAAAUAAUGUUGUAGACUGACCACAUAUGCUCAUACAAACACACAAUUAAAUGGGACAUGCUUUCCUGCUGGUGUUCCCUGGACUGGAAAUCUGUUGCCAUGGAGCGCUGCUUGCCUUUGCGCUGCCGUGAAGCUCCGAGGUCACGCCCUUGGUAGUAGUAACAUUUUGUUGCUACUGUUUUAUUCCCUUUGUACAACACUAACCCUUAUUGAUUGGCGUCCUUGCCAUUUGGAAAGAGAAGCCACCAAAACAAUGUCUCUGGCCAAGUGCGGGGCAGUGUUCCUCGCAUGGUUGUUUUACCGGCUUCUGGAGGCGUUGUUUGGUCUCGACCUCGAAGUCAGAAGGCCUUUAGUUUGCCGGUGCCUGUAAAUGCUGUAGCCGUUCUCGAUUGUGUGUGUGUCAGCUUGGGUUUGGUAGUUUGUUGUUAGGUUGUAUGCCUGGUCGAUUCAGUGGCAAGAUUGACGAGUGAAGUGUACGCCAUUUUUUGAAGAGUUGACACUUGAACUCUUGAUUCUUCGUACUGUGUCCUUGAAGUAUGGAACGAUGCCACAAAAUGUCUGGUGCAAUGAACGUUUCUGAGUUGUGAUGUGUUAUACUGUU